AAACCCAGGGCCCGAAUGGGGGGAGGACGCUCGAAAAGCCUGGAAUUAAAAUUUCAGGAUGAAGGGGGUCACACUAAUACUACUGACUGGAGUCUUAGCAGUGGGACAAUGUGAGGACCAUGAAUAUAUAGAGAAUGUGGCCUUGAAAGGAAAUGCAGUUCAAUCUUCUAUGUAUAGCAGAGCUUAUGCUAAGAGGGCAAUUGAUGGAAACCGCAAUGGUGUGUACUAUGAUGGAUCCUGCAGCCACACUGAAGGUGAAACUAACCCCUGGUGGAGAGUGGACCUGCUGGAUGUGUACAGAGUGUCCUCAGUGGUCAUCAGUAACAGAGCUGAUGACCUGUCUGAGAGAAUCAAUGAUGCUGAGAUUCGCAUUGGGAACUCCCUGAAGAACAAUGGAAACGACAACCCAAAGUGUGCUGUGGUCUUAACCAUUCCACCAAAUGAACCCGUAAGUUUCAAUUGCAGAGGGAUGGUGGGUCGCUACAUCAAUAUAUUUCUCCCAGGAUACAACCGAAUCCUGACUCUGUGUGAAGUGGAAGUCUAUGCAAGCCCUGUUCCUGUAGAAGACACUGAACUAACUUCCAACUUGGAGCCAAAUACAACUAUUACCCAAACAGAAAACGUUGCUUUAGGGAAAAAGGCAAGUCAGUCCUCAACCAGGACACGGGGCAGGGCUAACAAUGCCAUUGAUGGAAAACGCAAUUCUUGGUUCAAUAUGGGAUCUUGCAGUCAGACCCAGACUGAAGCUGACCCCUGGUGGCAAGUGGACCUGCUCAGAUCCUAUAAUGUCACCUCUGUAACAAUCACCAACAGGGAUGACUGCUGUGCGGAAAUGAUUGACGGAGCUGAGCUCCGCAUUGGCAAUUCCCUGGAAAACAAUGGCAACAACAAUCCAAUAUGCACUGUGAUUUCCUCUUUCCCUGCAUGGGAGACCCUCACUUUUCAGUGUCAUGAGAUGGAGGGACGUUAUGUCAACAUCCUCCUCCCAGGCUGCCAUAAAUACCUGACUCUGUGUGAAGUAGAAGUCAAUGCACAACCUGUUCCUGUUACUGAACCAGAUUCCCCACCUGAAGACAUUGAAGAAAUACUUUCAGCCUUUAACGGAUUUUUAGAGUUCUUCCAGUUGUUCAGUGAAGCAAUGAUACCUGAAGAGGAUCGAAUCACAAACGAUACAGAUGGGCACAGCAACAGGCAAUGUACUGCCAGAACAAUAGUUCAAGAGAAUGCUGCUACCAGUGGCCAUGCUACCCAAUCAACACAGUGGGACUCCUUUGGUGAUGCAAACAAUGCCAUUGACAGAAAUCUCGAAGGAGAGUAUUUAAAGGGAUCCUGCAGCCACACAAAGGCUGAAACAAACCCCUGGUGGAGAGUGGAUCUGCUGAAAUCUUACAACAUUACUUCUGUUGCCAUUACUAAUAGAAAGGACUGCUGUUCUGAGAGGAUCAAUGGAGCUGAGAUUCACAUUGGAAACUCCCUGGAAAACAAUGGCAAUGAUAAUCCAGUGUGUGCUGUGAUUCCCUACAUCCCAGCAGAUCAAACCAGAACCUAUGAGUGCCACGGGAUGGAAGGGCGCUACGUCAGCAUUGUUCUCCCUGGGAAAGAGAAAUACCUGACUCUGUGUGAGGUGGAGGUUAACAGCAAUUUGAUUGAAAAUGGUACUGACUCUUAUUCUAGGAUGAAGGGGGUCAUACUAAUACUACUGACUGGAGUCUUAGCAGUGGGACAAUGUGAGGACCAUGAAUAUAUAGAGAAUGUGGCCUUGAAAGGAAAUGCAGUUCAAUCUUCUAUGUAUAGCAGAGCUUAUGCUAAGAAGGCAAUUGAUGGAAACCGCAAUGGUGUGUACUAUGAUGGAUCCUGCAGCCACACUGAAGGUGAAACUAACCCCUGGUGGAGAGUGGACCUGCUGGAUGUGUACAGAGUGUCCUCAGUGGUCAUCAGUAACAGAGCUGAUGGCUUGUCUGAGAGAAUCAAUGAUGCUGAGAUUCGCAUUGGGAACUCCCUGAAGAACAAUGGAAAUGACAACCCAAAGUGUGCUGUGGUCUUAACCAUUCCACCAAAGGAACCCAUAAGUUUCGAUUGCAGAGGGAUGGUGGGUCGCUACAUCAAUAUAUUUCUCCCAGGAUACAACCGAUACCUGACUCUGUGUGAAGUGGAAGUCUAUGCAAGCCCUGUUCCUGUAGAAGACAUUGAACUAACUUCCACCUUGGAACCAAGUACAACUAUUACCCAAACAGAAAACGUUGCUUUAAAGAAAAAGGCAAGUCAGUCCUCAAUCAGGAGACGGGGCAGGGCUAACAAUGCCAUUGAUGGAAAACGUGAUUCUUGGUUCAAUAUGGGAUCUUGCAGUCAGACCCAGACUGAAGCUGACCCCUGGUGGCAAGUGGACCUGCUCAGAUCCUAUAAUGUCACCUCUGUAACAAUCACCAACAGGGAUGACUGCUGUGCGGAAAUGAUUGACGGAGCUGAGCUCCGCAUUGGCAAUUCCCUGGAAAACAAUGGCAACAACAAUCCAAUAUGCACUGUGAUUUCCUCUUUCCCUGCAUGGGAGACCCUCACUUUUCAGUGUCAUGAGAUGGAGGGACGUUAUGUCAACAUCUUCCUCCCAGGCUGCCAUAAAUACCUGACUCUGUGUGAAGUAGAAGUCAAUGCACAACCUGUUCCUGUUACAGUUACUGAACCAGUUACAGUUACUGAACCAGUUACAGUUACUGAACCAGGUGCUGUUCCCCCAUCUGACGAAGUUGAAGAAAUCAUUUCCAUCAUCAAUGGAUUUUUCGAUUUGUUCGAAUUCUUCAGUGAAGCAGGGAUACAUGAGGAGGAUCAAAUCACAAAAGACACAGAUGGGCACAGCAACAGGCAAUGUUCUGCCGGAAAGAUAGUUCAAGAGAAUGCUGCAACCAGUGGCCGUGCUACCCAAUCAACACAGUGGGACUCCUUUGGUGACGCAAAGAAUGCCAUUGACAGAAAUCUCGAAGGAGAGUAUUUAAAGGGAUCCUGCAGCCACACGAAGGCUGAGACAAACCCCUGGUGGAGAGUGGAUCUGCUGAAAUCUUACAGCAUUACUUCUGUGUCCAUUACUAAUAGAAAGGACUGCUGUUCUGAGAGGAUCAAUGGAGCUGAGAUUCACAUUGGAAACUCCCUGGAAAACAAUGGCAAUGAUAAUCCAGUGUGUGCUGUGAUUCCCUACAUCCCAGCAGAUCAAACCAGAACUUAUGAGUGCCACGGGAUGGAAGGGCGCUACGUCAGCAUUGUUCUCCCUGGGAAAGAGAAAUACCUGACUCUGUGUGAGGUGGAGGUCAACAGCAGUUUUAUUGAAAAUGCAUGAUCAGUCUCUAAGGUGCCUGGGUGAGACUGCUUUACUGUAACCAACACACUGCAGAAUUGUUCACAUGAUAAUGAAGAGCAGCUCAUUGGAGAACUGUCGCUUCAUGGCUUCCAAUAAAACCAACAUGAAUAGCU